GAACCCGGGCCGCCAGCGCUGGCUCGGGGUCCGCCUCUGACUGCGGCGGCGGCAGCGGCUCGCGGGGCUCGGCUCGGCUGGCUCGGCUCGCACGGCGGGGCGAUGUGUGAGUGCCAUGGCGAGGAGUCUCUGUGCGGGGGCCUGGCUCAGGAAACCCUACUACCUCCAGGCUCGCUUUUCAUACAUGCGGAUAAAAUACCUUUUCUUUUCCUGGCUGGCGGUGUUUAUUGGAAGUUGGAUUAUAUACGGCCAGUACUCUACUUACACAGAGCUAUGCAGAGGGCAGGACUGUAAGAAAAUAAUAUGUGACAAAUAUAAGACGGGAGUCAUUGAUGGACCUGCAUGUAGUAGCCUUUGUGCAAAAGAGACUCUUUAUUUUGGAAAAUGCUUAUCGACUAAACCCAACAACCAGAUGUAUUUAGGCGUUUGGGGAAACCUGCAGGGCGUUGUGAAGUGUCAGAUGGAACAAGCCCCUCACCUUGAUUUCGGGACUGAGUUGGAACCAAGAAAAGAAGUAGUUUUAUUUGAGAAGCCGACUCGGGGAACAACAGUCCAGAAAUUCAAAGAAAUGGUGUAUAGUCUCUUUAAAGCAAAGUUGGGUGACCAAGGAAAUCUCUCUGAGCUGGUCAAUCUCAUCCUCUCCGUGGCUGAUGGAAACAAAGAUGGCCGAGUUUCCUUGCCAGAGGCCAAGUCGGCCUGGGCACUUCUUCAGCUCAAUGAGUUCCUGCUCAUGGUGAUUCUUCAGGACAAAGAGCACACGCCCAAACUGAUGGGUUUUUGUGGAGAUCUCUAUAUGAUGGAAAGAGUAGACUAUACCUCUCUUUAUGGAAUAAGCCUUCCUUGGGUGAUUGAACUUUUCCUUCCCUCUGGUUUCAGGAGAACCAUGGAUCAGCUGUUCACACCCUCAUGGCCUAGGAAGGCCAAAAUAGCCAUUGGACUUCUCGAAUUCGUAGAAGACGUUUUCCACGGUCCCUACGGAAAUUUCCUCAUGUGCGACACGAGUGCCAAAAACUUGGGGUAUAACGAAAAGUAUGAUUUGAAAAUGGUGGACAUGAGGAAAGUUGUGCCAGAAAUGAACCUCAAAGAGCUCAUUAAAGAUCGUCACUGUGAAUCUGACCUGGACUGCGUCUACGGUGCAGAUUGUAGAACUAGCUGUGACCAGAGCAGGAUGAAAUGCACUUCAGAAGUGAUCCAGCCCAACCUAGCCAAGGCUUGCGGCUUGCUCAAAGACUACCUGCUGCGCGGGGCACCCUCAGAGAUCCGGGAGGAGCUGGAGAAGCAGCUUCACUCCUGCAUUGCCCUGACGGUCACUGCCCACCAGAUGGAAAUGGAGCAUUCUUUGAUCUUAAAUAACCUAAAGACAUUACUGUGGAAGAAAAUCUCUCAUACAAAUGAUUCCUAGCUGAUGUCAGACAUAGGAAACCUGCCACCUUAAGUCAUCCUGAUCAUUAAAAAAAAAAGCCCCUUCCACCUCCUUCCCAGAAAUUCAACCUUUUGUGCCCUGUCCCCCCCAGCCCCUUUUCCAAGUCUUGGGGGCUGGAGCCCACGCUGUCCAAGCCAGUUUGGCAGGAGAUGCGGGCCCUUCUACUUGUACAGUUUACAAAGAACUUUUACAUAAACCCCACUUAAUUCUUAUGACAAUCCCGUGGGGAUGCAGGGCUGGAUUCCCAUUGUAUGGCUCAGGGAACUGAGGCUGCACGCUGCUGCUAAGUGGCAAGCAGGACACUUGCUCCAGGCUUCAGCUUCUAGGUCCCCAGCCCCUUCAUGGUACCAGAAGAGUCAGGACUUGGUGAUUCCAUCCUGUCAAGAGAUGUGAAUACAAACCUCUGGUUGUUUUUCACUCCUAAAAGCUGUGAAAAUCCUCAUUUACAUGCGAACACUCAUGUUAAUGAAAAUGGUUUUUGCAAGUAAUUGUUAGCCAAGAGGCUAACAUUGUGGAAACAUUGUGGUCAAAUCCAAGCUGCUGCUUUAAAAAUUAAUUUAACUUUCACCUAGUUUACUAAUAUUUCAGCAUGGCAGAAUUUGCACAUUAAUGGGAAAUUUAAAUUGCUAAGCAGAUAAAUCAAAUUCUCUUUGGCAUAAACAGGGAGUGGGGCUUACCUUCAGUUUAUUUACAUUCUUACCUCAUUUAUUCAGACCCUGAACGCUCUAUCUAGUAAAUUACGGAUUGUUUCCUCAAAUAGUUCUGACCGAACUUUGGGGGAGCUGGAAAUUUUUUAAAAACUGAACUGACCAAUACACAAUUGCUGUCCGUCUAUUUUGUGCAUCAGUAGUUAAACUACAAAGUAUCAGAAGUGGAAUAUUAUUUAAAAGGGCUUAAAACUAUGUCUUAAAAUCCAUCUCUCCCUAAUUAAUUGUAAAAGGCAGGAGGUCUGUUUUCCUCACAAGCCCUGGGCAUUUAGUAUUUGCAGUUUGAGAUGUCUCCCAACCAAGUACUAGAAAGCAGAGAGCAUACAUAAUACAGACGUGGUCAUAUCUUUAUCUGCAGUAGAAAAAAAUGGCCAAUUCACCUAUUCAGAGACUUUUAAAGGUACUGAACUAGUUCGGGGUGGAAGGGUUCCAUUCUAUCCUUUUUGUUUUUGAGGUGUGGUAGAUAUGAAUUCAUCACGAAAUCUUAACGGAAGGACCUUUAAAUUAUCAAAGGAUAAACACUAAGGUACAAAAUGUGACCAAAUAGCAUUCGCUAUCAGUCCGUGGGCAUGCACACUGAGAAAGCCUUCACCCAAUAGUCUUUCCACGUACACUCAGGACAAGGGGAUUCCGAGUGCAUUUGACCUGUCUAUCCUUUGUUCUGGCAUGUUCUUUUCAAACCUUGCGCACAAUGACAAUCUUUCUCGAUGUCUCCAUAAAGUAGAAGUCUACUAAUGUUUGCUGCUGGAAGUCUACUAAUGUUUGCUGCUGGAAGAGUCCAACUGAAAUUGUUUGUGUCCUCCAGCUGUCUAAAUGUACUUGGUGUAACUGGGCAGUGGAUUUUUAUUGAUCAUGGCUUUUUUUUUUUCCGAUUUUCUUUACAGUUGUACAGUUUAAGGUCCAUUUACUUUCCACAAAGCAUCUGGUUUCAAUAAAUGGCUGGAAGAAUAUUUUCUAGUCUUGGCAUUUCCUUGAUCCAUCUCUCACACCAAAAAAGA